UGACUGUUCAAUCACACCAUUGAGUCUCUAGAUUCAAUCCAUAUUUCUUGCAUCUUUGUUCCUGCUCCCACUAUUGUCCAUCCAAUGGAAGCUUGGCCUGCUGGUCACGUGUCCAUCAAACCGGCUGGGUUUCCACAGCCUUGGCGCUCGUCGGCUCCCCUGUCCUCUUGCUCAGUGACAACUCUUGAAGGGGACACGAUAAUUAUAUCCUUGCGCAACCUCACAACAUCUCCCAGCCGUCAAAUCUAGCAUCUCAGCCAUGGAUCUCAACAGUCUGAAGGAGGCUGCGGCCAAUUUGACCUUGUACGACCUCAAAGCCGGUGUGCGAAAGGUCCAGAAUGCCGUCAUGAACUAUACCGAGAUGGAGGCCAAAGUUAGAGAGGCAACAAAUAACGAACCUUGGGGCGCAAGUUCAAGCUUAAUGCAAGAGAUUGCCAAUGGCACAUAUAAUUAUCAACUCCUCAAUGAAAUUAUGCCCAUGAUCUACAAACGAUUUACAGAAAAGGCCGCCGAGGAAUGGAGACAAAUCUACAAAGCCCUCCAGCUUCUGGAGUUUCUGAUCAAGAAUGGCUCAGAACGUGUGAUUGAUGAUGCCCGCUCUCAUCUUACGCUGCUCAAGAUGUUGAGACAGUUCCACUUCAUUGACCAAAAUGGCAAAGACCAAGGACUUAACGUUCGGAACAGGGCGAAAGAGCUUGCAGAACUUCUCAGCGAUGUUGAACGAAUUCGAGCAGAACGAAAAAAGGCCCGGGCAACGCGAAACAAAUACACAGGUGUUGAGGGUGGAGGUGGGUUGGGCGGAUCCGGCUUAUCCAGCAGCAGCCGUUAUGGAGGAUUUGGCAGUGAAGAGGCGAGCGGAGGCGGUGGAGGGCGCGAGUAUGGUGGCUACAGUGGCGGUGUGUAUGGAGACGGAGGUGGAUUUGGAGGUCAGACCAGUGACUUUCAAGAUUCUGGCAGUCGUGGAGCUUCUGGGAUUGGUGGCCGAGACCGAUUCGAGGAAUACGAUGAAUAUGACGAAGGCGCACAGUCUACGCCUGGGCGGAGGCAGGCGGAAGCUUCAUCUUCAUCUGCGAGUCGACGAAAGACAACAGAAAGACCUGCUGCCAAGAAACCAGAACCGCCAAAGAAGAAGGAGCCGGAGGUGGACCUGUUCUCCUUCGAUGACCCAAUACCAGUAUCUGCCCUAGUGGCUGCGCCUACAACUUCCAAUACAGUCGACGAUGACGAUGAUUUCGAUGACUUCCAAUCUGCGACCCCAUCGGCUCAGGCACCCGCUCCAUCUUUCCCUAUCCCAGCACCAACUGCUACCACAACUUCCAAUACCCAAUAUGCCGCUCCUCAACCUGUCUCAGCUCCUAAGGCCGCAAACCUAAGUGACUUGGUUGGGUUCUCAUCCAUAUCUCCAGCAUCCAGCACCAAUCCUACACCAGUCAACUAUUCAGCCUUCUCACCACCAGCAGUCGCCCAACAACCCAGGCCAACAGCCUACCAAGGUUCCCAGCCAAAUUAUUUCACAUCCGUGCAAGCACCCUCGGGACAGGCUGCCAAGCCAGCUUCGGGAGCCUCAUCUGUCAAAUCUCCAGGGGCGGCAAAGCCGGCUGGUGGAGAUGCCUUUGGAUCGCUCUGGUCAACAGCGAGCGCUGGUAUCAAGAAGACAAGCACGCCUACUUCUGGUCCUGCUCUUGGACAGCUAGCAAAGGAGAAGGCUAGUGCAGGGAUCUGGGGUGCUCCAGCAGCGAGCUCUACACCAAUGCAGACGCAAGCUCCAAAGCCAGCACAGAACCAGCAACCAUUAGGCAAUGGCUUGGAUGAUCUACUGGGAUGAUGAUUGAUGGUGUGUUGAGUUGGGCUGUCGGUACUUUAGUGGCACAUAUGGAUUUGGGCGUUAUUAUAUAAUGGCGCAUAAAAUACAUUCAGUUUGGUCGAGCAACGUGUUUUCCCCCAAGAGUGUAUAUUCGAUUCAGAUUCUGAACAUACGAUUCGUUUUCUUUAUAUUUGAUAGACAUGCCUGUCAUUGGCAAGUGUUACUUGGCUAGAAUCAAUGCUUUCAAAACUAUGUAUCCUAUAGGAUGCUUUUCGGAAUACCUUCAUUAAGUGGGCUAGGUUCAGAGAGAUGGCUGAUCCAGACUCGUGCGAGCGUUUAGCUUCAAGUAUCCCAAAUCGAUACAUAUGACAGCCAUUUUGAAAUCAACAUAUCGUGUGGUUUUGUUUUUCUAGCAGCACUACUUAUAUCAAGUAUCUGACUAUUCGAGCCUUGUCAUGGUCCUUUUGUUUCCUCCUCUUCCUUAGCAAGUAUACCCAACUUUCUUUGACUUGAAUUCCGUUUGUCUGCUUCCAAUUGCUCCCUCUGGCCUACAGCGCUACUCGCUAGCUUACCUCUCAUAUUCCCCGGCAGCAGCAGGCAAUUCCAGUCUCAAUCUCAGUUCCAAUAAGCUCUCCUCUGUAGCAUGGCUCGGA